CACUCCCCGUGCUUGAAGUGCGUGAGCCAUGACAGUGCUGGACAGUGUGGGCCAGGCGGCCUCCAAGGCCGCCUCCGGCGUCGGCAGCGCCCUGGCCACGGCCCGGGACCGGGCCGGCUCCGCGGUGGCGGCCGCACCCGCCGCCGGGGAUCCGCAGCCGCAGCCGUCGGAGGAAGCCAAGGAGUCCGGCAGGUACCAGGGCGUACGCCAGCACCUGGUGGACUUCUUUGAGGAGCGGCGGAUGGCCGUCGCGCACCUGCGGGAGGCGGGGUUUGGGCGGCGGGCGCUGCUGAAGGGCGCCAAGACGGAGGCGCUGGACCGCCUGGUGAGCCUCUCCAAGCCCAUCCGGAGCCGAGUUCUGAUGGCGCUCCGGGAGUCCAUGAAGGAUGUGGCGCUGGCCGAUCCAGACAUGUGGUCCUCCGCGCGGCUGCGGAUCGCCAGCCUCAUCGAUCACUUUUGGGACGACCUCACGGUCUACGUGGAAUCCGUGGUGGUGGAUGCCAAGGACCAGAUGCUGAGCCGGGCGGCGGACCACGCGGUGCUGGAGAACUUCGGCUCGAAGCCCUGCUGCCUGGGUCUUCCGUGGCUCAGGGCGAGGCUGCUCUACGGCUAUCUGCCCUUCGACAUCUCCAUCUUCGGGCAGAUCAAGCGGCCCGGCUUCUGGAUUCUGACGUUGCUCAGCAUCACCCCCACCUAUGGCGUGCGGGUGAUCUUCUUUGCGAUCCUGCUGCUCUGCAUUUUGGGGGGCAACCCGCCGGACGAGUAUCAGAUGGUGACCUUCAUCCUCUCCUUCAAGGGCGCCCAGUUCUUGUCCAGCGGUGUCCUCAUGGCCUGUGUGGCGGCGGUGAAGUACUACAUGUGCGUCAAGCCUGGAGGGGUCCACACCUGCGACACCAACGGCCCGGGCGUGUCGCAGGACCUGGUGACGAGCUCGGUGGACUUCUUUGGGAGCUGCGUGCUGGUGUGGAUCGCCUUCCUCCUGCUGCCGUGGACCGCGAGCUUCGGGGCGGCGCGGGACUUGGACGAGGACAGCGGCGGCACCGAGAAAGAGGAGGGCUGCUGCAGCAAGUACGACCGGGGCCGCGGGGGGCGCCUGGCGCGGCUGCUGGGGUACGACUUGUUGAGCUUCCUGGUGAGCUGUGGCCUCAUCUACUACCUCACCAUCGAGGACAUCUCUGCGCAGGAUGAGACCAACCUGCAGCAGGUGGCCACGGACAAGGACCUGCUGCUGUCGGACCUGCAGAACUGGCAGUUCCGCUCCAGGGUCUUCUUCGGUCGUGUGACCUACGCGCUGCUGUCGUUUCCCUUCCUCAUCUUCCAGCUGCCGGUGCUGAACAGCAUUUUGACGCACACCAUGCCCACUGGGUACAACGCCCAGGGCUACUGCGUGCCUUACCUGCUGCGCCCCAUGCCGGAGGAGACCGAGAGGCAGGAAAGCCGCCACAUGGCUUGAAGCGGCCAGGCGACAGACCUCUUGACCAGAAAUCCGAGCGCGUUUCAAGCCAAAGCGCUCGAACAAUGGAUUUCUUUGAACCUUUUUUUGGGUGUGC